CAGGCGGAAGAGUUCCUCGGUGAGCCUGUUUACCUGCGACACACACGGUCACACAUGUGGGGGAAGCUAUGGCUAGGAGAGAGAUGUGGAGCGUGCUGGAGGAGUGUGUGAAGACAAUAAAUUCAAACACAGCACAACCAGAGAACUUUCUGAGCCUCCAGGAUGGAGUGGCAGCAGACUUCACGUCUCUCACCAAGACUCUAUAUGACCUCCACAAAGCUGAGGAGCCUGCAGAUUAUAAAGGCAGCCUGUUGACACAGCUGGUGGUGGAAGACUUUGAUGAAGAGCAGAUCUGGCAGGAGCUGGAGCUGCAGAACAAUGCUGUGCUAAAACAUUUUAAAAGUGCCAUUGACGAGGCUUUGUCAGAUGAGACAUUAACAGUGCUGGAAGAGGAUGAGGAUGAGGAGGAGGAGGAAGAGGAUGGUGAUGAAGCAGAGGUAGAGACUGAUGAUGAAAAUAUUGAUGAGGAGGAAGACGAAGAAGAGGAGGAGCCACGCAGACAGUCUAAGAAAAUGACUGCAGAGGCUGAGGAUGGGCCAGAGGAUAACACAGAUGAGGACUCUGAUUUAGAUUUUGAUGUGGAUGCUCUGGAGAAGCGAGAGAAACAAAAGAAACACAUGAGAAUGAAAGGUUCCACAACAAAGUUUGUUCCCUCUGAGGUUGAUGAUAAGUUCUUCAAACUGUCAGAGAUGGAGUCUUUUCUUGAUGAUAUGGACAAGCGAGAGGGAAAGGAUGAUGAGGAUGAAGAUGGUGUAGACUAUUUUCAGGAUCUGCCCUCUGACGAAGAUGAUGAUCUUGACCUAGAUGAAAUCAUUUCUACGAAAAAACAAAAGAAAAAAACUGUGAAAAGUUCCAGGAAUCUCAAGUACAAGGACUUCUUUGAUGCUGUGGAUAGUGAACCAGCUAAAGCAGAUGACCAGUCAGAUGGUGAGGGUGACAGCAUGGAUGAAAGCCAGGAGGAAGGUGAAGAAGAAAUAGAUGACGAGGAUGAUUAUGACGGUGAAGAGGAGGGCGAUGAUGAGGACGAGGAGAGAGAUCAGUCCAAAGCAUCUCAGAAGAAAGUGACCUUUAACCUCUCUGGGGAUGAGGACAGCGAAGGAGAGGACAUGGAGGACAUUUUUGGAGGAAAAUCUCCAAGCUCAGCAAAGUCUGAAGCAAAGUCAUCAUUUGAGAAACGGCAAGAAAAGAUGUCACAGAAGAUCGAGGAGUUAGAGAAAGCAGCACUCACAGAGAAGCCGUGGCAGUUGUCUGGAGAGGUGACAGCACAGAGUCGUCCAGAGAACAGCAUGCUGGAGGAAGAUGUGGAGUUUGAGCAGGUGUCCAGGAUGGCCCCUGUUAUUACAGAAGAAACCACACUACAGCUUGAAGACAUCAUCAAACAGAGAAUCAAAGAUCAGGCAUUUGAUGAUGUCGUCCGCAAGGAGAAACCCAAAGAGGAGGUGUUUGAGUACAAGAAGAGGCUAACAUUGGACCAUGAGAAGAGUAAGCAGAGUCUAGCAGAAAUCUAUGAACAAGAAUACCUCAAGCAGACUCAGCAAAAGACCGUGGAGGAGGAGGAGAACCCAGCCCAUGUAGAAAUUCAGAAACUUAUGGACACACUCUUCCUAAAGUUGGAUGCCCUCUCCAACUUCCACUUCACACCUAAACCACCUGUUCCUGAGGUCAAAGUGGUUUCUAACUUACCAUCCAUUACAAUGGAGGAGGUGGCUCCAGUCAGCACUAGUGAUGCAACACUGCUCGCACCAGAAGAAGUCAAGGAGAAGACCAGAGCAGGAGAUCUGCUGGGUGAUACCGAGAAGACAUCAACAGACAAGAAGCGUGAGAGACGCCAAAAGAAGAAGGUGAAGCGUCUGAAGAUCAAGGAAAAAGAAAAGAGACAGAAGCUUAAAGAGGCCAAUAAAACUGGAGAGAACAAAAAGCUAUCAAAGGCUGAGGUCGCAGAAAACCUGAAGAAACUCACAAAAGGAGGCAAAGCCACGAUACUCAAGGAUGAGGGAAAGGACAAGGCUCUGCGCUCGUCUCAAGCCUUCUUCUCUCAGCUACAGGACCAGGUCAAAAGUCAAAUCAAAAGCCAAAAGGACCAGUCUUCAAAGAAAAAGAAGCACAAAGAGGUUUCUGUCAGCAAACUCAAAUUAUAAUAACUGUGAUUAACUGUGGUUUGUUGUGUCACCUUUUUAUUGUACAGAUUCUUUUUUAUGAGAAAGCAGAAAUAUAUUAAAUCUGAAAUCCUUGUCAAAUGUUUUCAUUUCCAUUAAAGUAAAUCAGGUGUGUUUGUUUGGUAAUGACAAUUUUCAGCUGUCAUAGUAAAUGUUCAUUCACGUGAAAGUACCAUAUGUCUGAAGACGCGGUGUUAUAACACCGGUGGCAUAUUUUUUCUUAUUAGAAACAGGUGACACAAAAAGGGUGUGUGGGCUGCUCAAUAACAGCCCUUUUUAGUGCCUAUAAAUUUAAUCAGCUGAGCAUCAAAUGUUCCAGUACUUACUUGAGAUCACCUGUGUGAAAUCAAGGUGUUUGAUGAGUGAUUUUAGUUUUGAAAUCAUUUCAUACUAACAAUAAGUUGUCAUUCCCCAAAAUUAAAGAUAUGAACAAAUACUACAA